AGCAGAUUUUAUUUCAGGGGGACAGACCGUCUUUGUCUCUCUGUGAGGACGUCAGGCACGUUUGUUUCCUUCCUUUUCUUUUCUUGCCCCAGUCUCUGCCUGUAGACUGGUCUAAAGCACCAUGGACAGCGCACUGGACAGACUGGACGCUGCAGGAUUCUUACAGAUCUGGCAACAUUUUGACAUAAAUGACAACGGCUACAUCAAAGCCAGUGAGCUGGAGGCCUUCUUUAAACACACGUUGCACAAACUCGGGAUGAAGAAGGAGGAGAUAACUGAGGACAAAAUCAGGAGGCUGAAAGAGAAGUUCAUGCCUGCGUGUGACAUCGGGGCUGACGGACGUCUGCAGAUCCAAGAGCUGGCCACACUGAUGCUGCCAGAGGAGGAGAACUUCCUACUUCUGUUCCGCAGAGAGACGCCGCUGGACAACAGUGUGGAGUUUAUGAGGAUUUGGAGAAACUAUGACACAGACAGCAGUGGCUACAUCUCAGCUAUUGAACUCAAGGGGUUUCUUCAAGACUUGUUCCUCCAACAUGGGAAGACCAUCACCCCGAAAAAAUUGGAGGAGUACACUGACACCAUGAUGAAAAUGUUUGACAAAAACAAAGAUGGCAGACUGGAUCUCAAUGACCUGGCCAGAAUUUUGGCUUUAAAAGAAAAUUUCCUGCUGAAGUUUAAGAUGGAUGCUUGCAGUCAGGAAGACAGAAAGAGGGACUUUGAGAAGAUAUUCGCUCACUAUGACGUUAGUAAGACGGGUGCACUGGAGGGCCCUGAGGUGGAUGGAUUUGUCAAAGAUAUGAUGGAGCUGGUGAAGCCCAGCAUCAGUGGGACAGACCUGGAUAAGUUCAGGAAAGCCCUGAUGGGUCACUGUGACAUCAACGGAGACGGAAAGAUCCAAAAGAACGAGCUGGCUCUCUGCCUCGGCCUUAAGCUCAGCUAACCGACCCUGGAAACAUUCAAAGACGUGUAUAUUCUUCCUUCCUCUGCUGAUCUCUGUUACUUGCCGUCUUCUUUGUAUCCUGCUGAUUGUCUUAACUCGUCCCUUUUCU